AAAUCAACCAUAAACUUCUCUCUUCUUUCUCUCUCUACAACAAGAUUUUUUCUCUGAAUGCAGAUUAAAUUAACCAUAACUUCUCUCUCUAAAAGAGGAUAAUUCUCUCGCUCUUAAAGAGAAUAAGGAUGCAAGCUUCUGGCAUCUGAGUUCAGAUUAGGGCUUUGGGGUUGCGUGAUCCUUGACACAGUUGUUGUUUUCAAAAUACGUAGGAAUUGAUUAGGGUUCUUGAAUGUAAAGACAUGCUCAGCCUACAACCAUGUGCUUCUGUAGGCGCUAGCUUUUUGAAAGGAGAUGGUCUGAGAAGACACAAAAGGGAUUUGGGUCGGGAUCGUUGUUUCGAGUUCAUUGAUGUGCGGCGACUGGUAAGGUUGGGAUGGAAACAUGUGAAGGCAGUGAAUGAUGAGAGGGAAAGGGGUUUCGCAGGCCAGAAUUGGGACCCUGGGCUGGAAAUUGAAGUUCCUUUUGAACAGAGGCCAGUGAAUGAGUACUCAUCUUUGAAAGAUGGGCCCUUAUCUUCCUGGGCUGAGCUGAGUCCACUGCCCUUUUUCCUUCGUCUUGGGGGCCUGUGGUUAGGAGCUUUUACAGUUCUUGGAGUACCAAUUGCAGCAGCAAGUUUUGAACCCUCUAAGGAGCCUCUGAAGUUUGUGCUUGCUGCUGGAACUGGAACUCUUUUUCUAGUUUCGCUCGUUGUUCUACGUAUAUAUUUGGGUUGGAGUUAUGUUGGCGAUAGGCUAUUGUCUGCAGUAAUUCCCUAUGAAGAAAGUGGAUGGUACGACGGACAAAUGUGGGUCAAACCACCAGAGGUAUUGGCUCGUGACCGACUGUUGGGUUCUUACAAGGUAAAACCAGUCAUAAAGCUGUUAAAACAGACACUUGUUGGUACUGGAGUGCUACUUGUUGCAGCUGUAUCUCUUUUCAUAUUUGCCAAUCCAGUGGAGGACUUCAUACAUGCUACUUUAUCCAAAAAAGAAGACAACACAGGUGCUACAGUUUCAAAAAUCAAGGGCAACAUAAGAAGGAAGGAGUUACUAAAAUUGCCAGUUGAAGUGAUAGAUGAUGAUGAUUUGGUGGCAGCAGCUGCUGAGGCUGCUGAUGGCAGGCCAGUUUACUGCAGAGAUAGGUUUUACCGAGCAUUGGCUGGAGGGCAAUAUUGUAAAUGGGAGGAUCUUCUCAACUGAAAUACAAUUCAGAGUCUGGAUAUUUUUGUGAGCAGGAUAGAAUUUGUAUUUUGUUAUAUUCAAACUUCUGAAAUCAAAAAUAUUUUCAUUUUAAUUUAUUUUAAGAUAUUUCUUAAGUUCU